AGCUAGUUCUGGUUAGCUUCACGCGUGCGCGGAGGAGUCGGGUGCAAACUGGCCGUUCGCGUUUUCUGUUAAGGACACUUAAAAAAAAAAGUCUCAGCUUUUAAAACUGCUGGUAAAAGAAAGAUAAAACAACAACAGCCUGUCAACGGUCGAGCCGUUGUCCAACCGUCAAACCGUUACAGAACGUAAACCGGAGAGGAUAUUUUUGUGGAGCCAACAUGUCUGGAGGAAAGAGCGGCGGAUGGAGGGAAACCUUUUGGGAUCCAGAGAAGAGAGAGUUUCUAGGGCGAACAGGGGACAGUUGGCUUAAGAUAUCCGUGUUCUACGUGAUUUUCUACGCAUUCCUGUGUGGGAUUUUCGUCGCGACCAUUCUGGUUUUGCUGAUGACUUUAAAUAUGUACAAACCCAGAUACCAGGACAGAAUUGUUCCCUCAGGUCUGUCAUUCUCACCCUACGCCCACAACCUUGAGAUCAUUUACAAGACGGACGACCCGUCUUCAUAUGAGGUGUACGUCAAAAGCCUGAAGGAGUUUAUUGAGCAAUAUAAUGAUGAGAAACAGACCGACAACAUGAAAUAUGAGGAUUGUGGAACCACCCCGAAGUUAUACACUGAACGCGGCGAACUCGAAAGUAAUACAGGACAGAGGAAAAGUUGCCGCUUCAGCAGAAGGGAGCUUCAAGGCUGCUCCGGGGAAAACGACACCACCUUUGGCUUUAAGGAGGGAAAGCCGUGCCUCAUUGUCAAGCUCAACAGGAUUAUCAAUUUCAGACCAAAACCUCCUUCCAGCAGCGAUUUGCUUCCAGACGAUCUGCAAGGCAAAUCCUUUUAUAACUUCCUCCCCGUUCACUGCACGAAUAGAUGGGCGGAAGACGACGGCCUGAUCGGAGAGAUCAAGUACUUUGGCUUCGCGGGCAACGCGGGUUUCCCUCUCCAGUACUUCCCCUACUACGGCAAAAUGCUGCAUCCCAAUUACCUGCAGCCUCUGGUGGGCAUCAAGUUCACCAACCUCACCAAGAACAGGGAGCUCCGCAUCAAGUGCAAAGUGUACGGGGAAGGCUACACGGCGGAAGGCAUUGAUGGACUAUUUUACGUUCGCGUCACUGUGAAACAGUGACCCCAGACACGAUGAUGGCAAAAAAAUAAUAAUAAUAACGUAGAAAGAUAUUCAAGAGUUCAGACACCGUCUUUGAGUUUAUCUUUUUUUUCUGUCCAUAGUUAAAAUACAAUGUAAAAUACACAAUAGCAAAUAUUCUUUCGACUGUCAAUGGGCGAUUGUGGCGGGGAGGGGGGGUAAUUGGGAUGUUUAUCGAUUAUUUUAAAACUGCAGUUUUACUACUGAUGUAUAGCGAGUAGUCUUUGUUUCAUUUCUAUAUAUUUUGAAAGAUCCAGAGUUUGUCAUAAUAUUCUGUUUCAUGUCUGCUUUAGGAGUCCAAUGUGUUCUCGUUUGUUUAUGUGAGUUGAUAGUGUUUGUCAUUGUGUUCAGACUAAAGUUGACUGUGCUAUAUGUUGUUUUUAUGCAUUUUCUUAUACAAGUUCACUGUAGAAGAAUACUUUGUUCACGUUUUGUUAAUCUUCAUAAUUAAAUAGGUUUUAGAUGACAUUUCUGUUCAAUACAAUGUUUACUUGUCUUAUUGCUUGUAACACUUAGAUUUUUAGAAAUGUAAAGUGCAUUAUAAAUAAAAUUUAUUGUUGAUACUA